CUGGGCUCUAAAAGUGGAACGAGGCUCACGGUCUUCCUCUUCGCCAUCUUCUAUCGAAGGUCUCAUCAGUCAUGAAGACCACUUUGGCAUCUCGAACGGUUGAGUUACCAGACAAUGUUGACGUGUUUGUCAAGAGUCGCAUAGUGACUGUUAAGGGUCCUCGUGGAACUCUGAAGCGCAACUUUCGCCAUUUAAAACUUGAGCUAAUAAAGUUGUCUCAGAAAAAACUGCGAGUAGAUGUGUGGUUUGCAUCCCGCAAGGAGUUGGCCUGCGUUAAGACCAUCCUCAGCCAUAUUGAAAACAUGAUCAAAGGAGUUACCUAUGGCUUUAAGUAUAAAAUGCGUUCAGUUUAUGCUCAUUUCCCAAUUAAUAUCACUAUUCAUGAGGAUGGUAAACUUGUGGAGAUCAGGAACUUCUUGGGUGAAAAGUAUGUGAGGAGAGUUAAUAUGAGAGAAGGUGUUAAUUGCUACAAUUCACCAGGAGUCAAAGAUGAGAUCACAAUUGAAGGCAAUGAUUUGGAGCUUGUGUCAAAUUCUGCUGCUCUUAUCCAUCAGUCCACAUUGGUCAAGAACAAAGAUAUCAGAAAGUUCUUGGAUGGCAUAUAUGUAUCAGAGAAGACAACAGUGACCCCUGUGCUUUGAGUUGUAGACUUGAGCAAAUGUGUAAUAAAGAAUGAAACUCCCUAAUUUGA